AUGGGGGGCAAAUGCGAUCAAAACAAGGAGAAACUGAAGGAAGGACUCGGCAAACCUGUUGAAUUCCUGCGCGGGCCAGUGAUUUUCUGGACUAUGAUGGAAGUCGCCAACUGUGAUGUUUUCUUCGUUAAAAUUCACACAAUACCUCGAAUUAUACGAAUGCCCACAUGUAGUGGCCCAAUCAAGACUGAACCGCAGGGAAAAUACUAA